CUGUAUCUACUCGUAGUCUGUAUAACAUUGUUGUAUUAAGAACCUCUUUUUUAAAGUUUAUUAAAAAUAAAUUCUUAAUGAUUUUGUCACGUCAAGUUUGUAUUAAAUUUUUACAUUGGUUGUUUACUAGUUUGGGUUUAGUUCUGUAUUAAAUAUAAUAUAGGUAAUUUGAUUAUAAUAUUUUUACUCAAGUUGCGAUUGUAAUACAAUGGCUGAUGAUGAAGAUGAAGGCGGUUUUGGUGGUUUGUAUGAAGAGGGGCAUUGGACGUGGGACGAAUCUGUAGAAGCUUUAGUUUUUAUUAGUGAUCUUCCUCCAAAGCCCGUAGAAGCUAUACAAAUACUGACUAAGGCUCCAACAGGCACUGUCGAAUUUAGAGAUGAUGUUGAUUUAAUAGAACAGAUUCGAUUUCGUCGACGUUACCAAAGAAAAUUAAAACCAGGACAAGCGGAUGUUAUAACCGUACAAGACGUGAAAGAUAUUGCAUUAUUCACGGCUCCAGUGGGUAUAAUGAGCCCCAUGCUUAUAAAUAUGCUACAUCUACCAACGACUGAAAGAUUUAUUAGGGCACUUAUACUGUACUCUGAAUAUUACUUACAGGUGGCCGAUGAGAUGACACUUCGUAUUAUUGAAUUGGAGACAAAAGUGCGUACUCCAGACUGUGAGAUUCUAGAAAAAGAAUAUCGUGACAAUUUAUCAGAUUUACGUCUUUUAGUUGCUAAAGAAUACAGUACAAUGCUAAUAGGUGGUAGCGAUACCCGAAAAUUUCACCACAUGGGACCACAGAAAAAACGACGGUCGUUAUCGGACAAAGAUGUGCGACUUUUUGAAACUUUGCUCCGUAUGUGUGUUCAAAUUGUUUGGCUGGCAUUGGGACGCAAAUCGUUUAAUCAAAUUGAAUUGGAAAUGAACCGAAUAUUUAAGUCGGAGAUAUUCAAUGCUGUGGAGCACACAUUACGGACCGACUAUAUAGCCAAGAUGGCGAAGGAGGAACGGGCGGUACUACUGGGUCACUGCGUGCGACAGGACAAGAAACUCAACACACGAUCACCGCUGAUGAAUGAAGUUUUCUGUCACAGGGAGAUUGACUAUCGCUUGUUGGGACUUGGAGUCAUUAAAUGCCCUCAGAUGACGCCGCGUCUUCAUUACAUGUUACAAGCAGUUGCCGGUCCAGAAGAUAAAUUAAAGGAGCUAGGCGUGGUUGUAGGUAUUUUGGGCAUGCCACGGUCAGCAUUCGAUACUAUGUUGAGACCGUUGCCUACUGUUUCUGAAGGAGGAAAGUCUAGAGCAUCUAUGUCAUCAACGAGCUAUAGUUCCAAAAGUGCUGGUUCCAUGAGAAAAAGUCAGUUAGUCGUACAAAAAUUGUAUCCUGAUGUUGUGUUGCCGCGGAAAGAGAAGAGAGAAUUUUAUUUUCCGUCUGCAUUUCCUGAUGAGCCUGAAGACAUCCGUCGCUGUAGUGAGAUGCAGCGACGGCGUUGGCAGAACCGACUCAUGAAACUUCUUCAUCUGCAAACUACGGUCCGUUAAUAUACACGGAACUUCGUUUCAAUUGAUUGAUGGUUUCACGUCGCAAUGUAUUGGGGAUAUUUAAGUAGUUGCUGAAAUGCUUGUCCUCUUACGUAUGAUAUCCAUAUUUGUAUAAAAAUUAACACGAAUAUUUAUGUCCAAAAGUACCUAAUUGUAGUGGCCUUAGUGCUAAAGC